CACGUUUUGAUAGACAUAGCCAUUUAGCGUCAGGGCUGUUGAGUGGUGGGUCGCCAGCGUCUGAGAUCGGCCUCAGUGCCUAAUUUAUUUUUAUACAUUGCCAUGUUUUUGCCAUAUAUGUGUACACAUUGUAUAUAAAAAUCCUCAUAGAGCCAAGCCAUUACAAACUGUGACCGCUGUUUAACACCUCACCAUACAGUCUCACGGUCUGUGCAAAAUUAAUUACCUUGGCAGCAAAGCCAGUGGGGCUAUGGUAUGUGUUGGAAUGUGGUACAUACUACAUUUUAGUGGGUAGGUUUUAUAAAGUUAGUUUUUAAAAUAGUAGAAUCUUUACUUUUUGCAUUUUUGAAUCAGAUUUUUGAGGCAUUCUCGAAGGACCAUUUGAGAACCACUGAGGAAAUCCAGCCUUCCUGUUUUACAGAUGGGAAGACUGAGACCAUCAAGGGGGAGGCCUUGCCCAGGAUCCUACAGAGAGAUGGAGGAGAUGGUUAGAUACACAGAGGGUAUCAUUGCUCCCUGUAAUUGCAAGCAUGCCCUGUUCCCAAGGCAGGAGUAGAAAGAGGACAGGGCCAGACACACCCAAAAUUAGCCGAGCCUUUGUUCAUGCUGAAUCUGUGUCUGUUGUCUGCCUGUGCAGCACUGAGCCAGCAGUAUUAACAUUCCCUUUUCUGCCCACAGCAAUGCCCUCCUAGCCAGCCACCGCGGGAUGGAGGGCUUCAUGGACUCAGGGACACAGACGGACGCCGUGGUAGUACUGUCCUUGGCUCAGGCUGCUGUGCUGGGCCUGGUCUCAGAAAAUGAGCUCUUUGGAGCCACCAUAAGCGCCGAGGCCUUCUACCCAGAGCUGGGGCCUGAGCUGUCUGGGGCAGCUGUGGGGGAGCCCGGACCACCAGGCCCUGAUGUCUACCAGCUGGCCUGCAACGGGCGGGUCCUGGAGGAGCCAGCAGAAGAAGAGGUGCUAGAGGUAGAGGCAGCCUUUGAGAAGCACACCCGGCGGAAGACGCGGCCCCCCGUGCGGCUGGUGCCCAAGGUCAAGUUCGAGAAGGUGGAGGAGGAGGAAGAGCAGGAGGUCUACGAGGUUUCCGUGCCUGGUGACAACAAGGAUGCAGGCCCAGCAGAGGCCCCCACCGAGGUGGCCAGUGGCGGCUGUGAGGCCCUGGUGCAUAGCAGCGCUGUUAAGAUGAUCGACCUCAGCACCUUCAGCCGCAAGCCCCGGACACUCCGGCACCUGCCCCGAACCCAAAGGCCAGAGCUGGAUGUCACCCCCUACGACCCUCACUUCGCAGACCCGGCCCAGGAUGGCUUCCCUGAGCCCAGCAUGGCGCUGCCUGGGCCAGAGGCCUUGCCCACGGAGUGUGGUUUUGAGCCACCCCACCUGGCCCCCCUGAGUGACCCCGAGGUCCCCACCAUGGAGUCCCCAGAGCCUGUAAAGCCAGAACAGGGGUUCGUGUGGCAGGAGGCAAGCGAGUUCGAGGCUGAUGCGGCAGGCUCGACCGUGGAGCGCCACAAGAAGGCCCAGCUGGAUCGGCUGGACAUCAACGUGCAGAUCGAUGACUCCUACCUGGUGGAGGCGGGUGACCGCCAGAAGCGCUGGCAGUGCCGCAUGUGCGAGAAGUCCUACACAUCCAAGUACAACCUGGUGACGCACAUCCUGGGCCACAAUGGCAUCAAGCCGCACUCGUGCCCACACUGCAGCAAGCUCUUCAAGCAGCCCAGCCACCUGCAGACACACCUGCUCACACACCAGGGCACGCGGCCACACAAGUGCCAGGUGUGCCACAAGGCCUUCACACAGACCAGCCACCUCAAGCGCCACAUGCUGCUGCACUCGGAGGUCAAGCCCUACAGCUGCCACUUCUGCGGCCGUGGCUUUGCCUACCCCAGCGAGCUCAAGGCCCACGAAGUGAAGCACGAGAGUGGCCGCUGCCACGUCUGCGUCGAAUGCGGCCUGGACUUCUCUACCCUGACCCAGCUCAAGCGCCACCUGGCCUCCCACCAGGGCCCUACCCUCUACCAGUGCCUCGAGUGCAACAAGUCAUUCCACUACCGCAGCCAGUUGCAGAACCACAUGCUCAAGCACCAGAACGUGCGGCCCUUCGUGUGCACCGAAUGUGGCAUGGAGUUCAGCCAGAUCCACCACCUCAAGCAGCACUCGCUCACCCACAAGGGCGUGAAGGAGUUCAAGUGUGAGGUGUGUGGCCGGGAGUUCACCCUGCAAGCAAACAUGAAGCGGCACAUGCUGAUCCAUACCAGCGUCCGGCCCUACCAGUGCCACAUCUGCUUCAAGACCUUCGUGCAGAAGCAGACCCUCAAGACCCACAUGAUUGUACACUCGCCCGUGAAGCCAUUCAAAUGCAAGGUGUGCGGGAAGUCCUUCAACCGCAUGUACAACCUGCUGGGCCAUAUGCACCUGCACGCAGGCAGCAAGCCCUUCAAGUGCCCCUACUGCUCCAGCAAGUUUAACCUCAAGGGCAACCUGAGCCGGCACAUGAAGGUCAAGCAUGGCGUCAUGGACAUCGGCUUGGACAGCCAAGACCCCAUGAUGGAGCUGACAGGCACUGACCCCUCUGAGCUUGAAAGCCAGCAGGAGAUGGAGGAUUUCGAGGAGAAUGCCUACACCUAUGCUGGCGUGGAUGGCAGCGCUGAGGCCAGCGUCCUCACCGAACAGGCCAUGAAAGAGAUGGCCUACUACAACGUGCUAUAGCGCAAGCGCAGGCCAGGCCACCCCAGGUUGGGGCAGGGAGGGCGUGGGGAAUGGGGAGACCCACGUGCUGUGGCCUGCACCUCCUGCAGCUGAGAAACAAGCUACUGCCCCACUGUCCUGAGCCCUCCCUCCCCCCAAGUCGUUUGCACCACUAGGGACCUUUAGACCAAAUGGAGACUGUACUCUGGCCUCCGCUGGGAGCCAGGCACAGGCCCGUGCAUUCUGGCAAGGGAAAGAUGACAUGGGAGGCCCAGGUCUGGGUCUCCUCGGCCUGUUGUGGUCGGAGGGUGGGAGAAAUGCUGAUGGGACCAUUUAGGGACGGGUCACAAGGGCACCAGCCCUCAGGGUCUCUCCAGGCCCAGCAGAGCUCUUCAGGGGUCCUGACACUGGAGGAAGAGAUCACUUGAGCCAUGCCCUGUUUUCUUCUGGACCAACUCCUGCCUCUAGGGAAUGUUUGAGCUCCCAUGCUGAUCAGCACUGCCAACCCAAGCCCGGAGUUCCCUUCCCCACCCUGUCAAUGACAGCCAGGCAGGGCACUCUGCCUUCUACCUCCUGGUGCCCCCCCACCCCCCCACCCCGUGCUCCUCCAACCAGGCGUGCAUGCGCCCUGGCCCUGGCCUGCAGGAAAGCAGGGGAACCCAGCCCCAGCCAGUCCCCU